AUGGCUACCCAGGCCGCUGUCCCUCUCCCGGACUAUACCUUUCAGAGUUCCGACGAGGCUGAAAUGAUGUCUCUAACGUCGCCAGAAUGGAUCUUAACGCCUCUAGAGAGUGACACUGUCGAGCCACCAUUCGUACCUAUCAAUAUGAACCUACAGUAUGCCAACGAAGCUGAGAGUGUCACUCUGGCCCCAACACCGCCACCAGAACAGCACCCGAUGCUCGACCGGGUGGAUUCGAUCAAAUCUGUGCCUCCACGAUCUACUAUCAAGCUGGUUUUCUCCGUCUGGCUAGUCGAAAUCACAUGCACUUUCAUCUCACUUGGAGUCCUCACGGCUGUUGCUUCUAUUCUUGGAGUCAACAACGGUCGCCCUAAUCCGGAAUGGAGCGGCGGCAUUACACUCAACACGAUCGUCUCUUUUGGCUCAAUGUUCUUCCGCAUCAGUUUGAUGGUACCUGUUGCCAGCUGCAUCAGCCAAUUGACAUGGAUUUGGUUCGCUCAAGCUCGGAGGCCGCUUCUCGAUGUGGUUCGAUUCGACCAUGCAAGCCGGAGCAUAAGUGGCAGCUUGAGUCUCAUUUACACCCACCACUUCAUGACUGUUGCUUUCAUUGGCGCCAUUAUCACUGUAGCCGGUCUUGGAAUUGGCCCUUUCCUCCAGCAAACCUUGGUCUUCUAUAGUUCAUCUGUACUAGACACAAGUGUUACAUCUUAUACAUCAUCUGAGGUCCAUAUAACUUUCAUUGUUGCAAAGGGUGAGCAAGAAGACCUGGGCUAUUUCAGUCUCUCCAAGCAGCUGGAUGUCGAAAACCGCUCUCGAGGUCAAUAUCGUCCUUCGUUCCACAUGGCUGCAGAACUGCGACCCUCCUACUUGUUCACGGCGUCCAUAGGAAUAAACUGGACUCGGGCUAAUGAUCUUUCUUUCAAUCAUGGGUUUUCUUAUAUCUCACCCAACAGUACUUUGGAGUCAAAGCAGUGCGAGAUUUAUAACUGCAUCCACGUCAUCAAGGCCGAGGUGAAGAAUGGCGUGUAUAGUGAGAGCAUAGUCGAGGAAAUAAUUGUUCCAGCCGCGAGUGAGGAUAAUGACUACAACCAAACGUGGGCGUAUACUCAAAGCAAUGGGACCACGGUCAAUCUGACUAUCGAAACAAUCCGACAAGUAGGCAUAAUAGCAGAGCUAUUACACCCUUUCCCGAACAGCAUGAUCGUCACCGCAAACGGGGAGACCAUAUAUGGAAACGUCACCGCGGUGAAUAGAGAAGUCCUCUGGGGACCCAGAAUUCUGCAACAGAUAUACAUGGCUUCGAAUGUCACAGAAACCAUUGUCUCUGUCGUACAAAACGUCAACAUCGCACUACGUACUUUCCGCACCUUACAAGCCCGGAUCUCCGACUCCAAUUUGCCGCCAGAUUUCAUCUCAGAACGACAUCGAGUGGCUGGCUCCGUGUGGAGAGACACGAUCCAUGUCAGAGUUCGCUGGAUAUGGCUCGCAUUGCCCGCUAGCCUUCUAGUUCUUACGAUAAUACUCUUGAUAGCCACGAUCUGCCUCUCGAGGGCCGAGAAAGUGGGCAUCUGGAAGGAUAGCUCACUUGCCCUGUUACUGUUCAGUCGCUGGAACGAUCAGGAAAAGCCAUCAAUGGGAGUUGCACAGACCCAAGAGGAUAUUCGGGAAGCGGUGAAAGGCAUGCGAGCUCAGUUAGCCAAGGAUGUUGAUGUGCAUGGGAGCGAUUUGAAGGGGACCAUGUUGAUCGAGCGGAUUCCAAAAUCGCGCAAAUGA